AUGUCUCCUAAAUUCGCUCUUGCAAUUCUGCUGCUCAGCUGCGUUCUCCUAGGAUGGCAAUGCCAGCAAACAGGCGCCUCAGCAAUCGGUCCUCGAUUCAAUCAGGAUGGCCCUUUGCCGCCAAAUUACCCCCCUCCGGCUGAGGAUGAAGCCAGUGGUGGUUCUGCCACCGUGGAUUGCGUGCCCAAUCUACUGGCUGGUAACAUCCGUGAUACCAGGAAACCUAGGCCCAAGCCAUAG